ACGAAACAAAAGAAACUAAAAGUUUUUUGUUCUGAUUGGUCAAACUUCAAUCUCAAUCUUCAAUGCGUAGUCUGAUACAGGCUUAAUAGACAUUGGUAUCAAAUUACUUCAAGUGUUGUUAACCAAGCGACGCUCUUCGCAUCCAUUUUUUAUUGUUCUUCCAUUGUCGAAUCCGAGUUACAAGUUCUCGUGGGUAUCCUCGUGGUUCAAAUCUUGCCUGUCUUGUUUUGCAGCUAGAGUGCAAGAUUCUGGCGAGUCGGUUUCUUCCAUGUGACGUGUGAAUUUUUCCAUUCUUUUAUUGAAUCUGCAUUAAUCUCUGAACAUUCUCAAAGUACAAGUUUUAAUUCAGCAAGUACAUGUGAUAUUGGAGAUGUGGGUGAUGUGAUAAUUUCUGUGGCUGAAUCUAACUCUAAUUCAAACAAGUAGUUGGAGCUGUUAGAACGAUACGUCACACAAAAUUAUAAGCCCUGUCAGAAAAUGUAUAUUAUUCAGCUCUAAAUGAGAGGAAAUUUCAAAAUUGUGUGACUGCAGUAAUAACAGGAAACUACGAUAUGAAAAUAUUCACCUUCAACAGUGGAAUCUUAAUACAGUACAAGACGAUAUUGGAUAAAUUCCUAAUACUUCACUCAAGAUAAUUAGUAAUAUACAAGAACAAUGUUAUAAAAAAAGGACAAUUUUUUUCAUCAAUUUGAAGAGGAAUGUUAUUAUGGUUACCAGCACCCGAUUGUCGCCUUGCAGUGUUCACUCAAGAAAGCAGACAGGCAGACUAUGACGUUGAAUAGCUGGACUGCUGAAUGAAAGAAUCAGAUGGAAAUGUGUGAACAAUUAAAAAAAAAACAAAAGAGAAGCUUUUCAGAAGCUUGGCUUAAUAAUGAUAGAGUGAAAUCUUGGAUACGCAAAGUAUCAGAUGAUGAUAGUGUUUUCCAUUGUAUUAUAUGUAAUAAAGAUAUUUCGUGCAAUACUAACGUUUUAAGGCAUGCAAAUUCUAAGGGCCAUAAAAGAAAUUCAAGUAACGAUGGUUCAAAUCUAAGAAAAUUUCGAAAACCCCCAUUUCAACAACAAUGGUUAGAUAUUAGGCAAUUUAAGCCAUGGCUACGCGAAGUGCCAAAUGAUGUGAAUUCAUUUUUUUGCUUGUUUUGUAAAAAAACGAUGGUUAACGGCUUAUCGUACAUAUAUAAUCACGCACAAUCCCAAACACACAUUAAGAUGUCUGAAGAAAAUCAGAUGUCUGAAGAAAAUCAGAUGUCUGAAGAAAAUCAGAUGUCUGAAGAAACCAAGAAAAUAAAUGAAAAUAAUAUGAUGGAAAACGAUGAAUCACUUUCGACAUUUGAAGAGCGAAAAAGAUCAGCAGAAAUUCGUUUUGCCGCAUUGAUCGGUAAUAAAAAUAUUCCAUAUCAAUGUUCAGAAGAUAUUCUCAGUUUUUUUCAACAAGUAGCAGAAGAUCGCGUGUUGAAAAGUAUGAGUAUGGAUCAAACAAAAUGUAAAAAUAUAAUUAUGAAUGUGUUAUAUCCAAUAGACAUGAACCGUGUGAUCAACAGCAUUCAAAAGACAAAAUUUUCAAUUUUUAUUGACGAAACGUUUGACUUUUUACGUGAAAAAUACAUAACGUUUUUUGUUCGGUAUGUUGAUCGUGAAACACUAGAUAUCCGCUCGCAAUUUCUAAAAUUCAUUAAUAUUGAUGAAAAAAAUAAGUCUGAGGAAAAAUUGUUUUAUAUAUUUCAAUGUGAAAUGACGAAACUUAAUACUCCAUUUUUAAAUAUUGUUGCUUUAUCAUAUAACAGUGUGCCUAUUGAAACAGACAAAUAUUUACUAUUUAAGAAAAAGCUGAAAGAAAUUUGUAAAAAUUUGUUAACAUUUUCAUGUCCAUGCCAUUCCACUGCGUUGGCUGUGAAUACUGCAUAUGAUAACAUACCGAAGCAUUGCACAAAAUUUUUAAAAGAGAUCGCAAAUUAUAUUUACAAUAGUUCCAAAAAGUCGAUUAUUUAUAAAAUAUUUAAUGAAUGUUUUCAGGAAACAAAUUACAAAAAAUUGUCUGGUACAUGGUGGCUUUCUAACUAUUUAUUCUUUAAAAAACUUUUGGCGUCUUGGGAUAUUGUCAAGUUUUUAUUUACUAAAAUGGUCAAAAAUGGAGAUACAAAGUCUGAAGAACAGCAGGAUUUAUUAAUUCUAGUGGAAAGUCUUGAUUUAAAGGCAUAUUUAUUAUUUUUAAAACAUAUUUUAAAACGUUUUAAUUCAUUUAAUGUAUUUUUUCAAACUCUAGAAACAAAAAUUCAUUUAUUGCAACCAAAGUCAGUAGAGUUUUUAACUAUAGUCUCUAAAUAUUUUUUGAAAGAAAAGUGUUUACAACAUUUAUGUAAUAAUAUUCAAUUUUCCCAAAAAGAGAAUCAAAAAGCUUUAGAUAAAGUAAAUUUCGGAUCAGAAUGUGAAGAAUACCUAGAAAAAUUGAUGAUGGAAGGACACAUAGACAUUGUUGAAAAUGUUCGAGAGAAUUGUUUAAAAUUUUACGUAACUGCUGCCGAGGAAAUUAGUAAAAGAUUACCAAUUAAUGACAAAUUUUUAUCGAAAUUAAAAGUUUUCGAAGCAGAGAUAGCUUUAUAUGAUCCUGACAGAAAAACAUCAUUCAGUGAUGUUUCUUUUAUCGCUCAAACCUUUGGUGGUUUUGACCUAAUUGGUUUAAGGAAAGAAUGGAAUGCUUUAUAUCUAGAUCUUAGAACCGCAGAAAAACGAAACCUUUCAGAAUUAAAUUUUGAUGAUAUGUGGAAACAAAUUUUACAUCAAUACUCCAUUAAUAAUAGUAAAUAUCCCAAUCUGAAGUCUCUUUUGAAUGCUGUUAGAUCACUUCCGAAUUCAAACACCGAUCCAGGAAAAAAAUUUUCUUUUAUAUGAGAUUCAAAAACGCCAAAACAAGAAAUUUUUGUCCGUUUAUGUAAAUACGAUUGAUAUUGAAAACUAAAGAAGAAACUGUUCUAAACAUGUCCAUUAUGUAAAAAAACAUAUCAGAUAAUUUUCGGAAACAACUUUGUAACAUGAAAUGUUUUGGAGAUGCGUGCAAAAACAUUUUAGAAACAUUGUAUAAACAGUUAAUGUCCGUAUUCCGAACCUAUAUGAAACAUUACAGAAAUAUCUUUUAGGUAAUGAUGUCAUGAACAUUUUUUAUAGAUAGUACUUAAACAGUAUGUUAUUCUAUGUUCUAUGCUUCUGUAAUAAUUUGUAUGGCGAUGUAUUUAUAGAUAACAUUAAGAU